AUGAAUAAAAACUUAGAAGAACAAAUUCAAAUGUUUAUCUUUCCUAGAUAUUCGAUGAACAACGAUUGCUAUCCAUCAGUUGUUUGUCCUGGUUGCCGAAGAAAUCUUUACAGACUCAAAAAGGGAGACUCACCUCGUGGUGAAUGGGGAGCUAAGGUUACCAAGAAAACCCUUUUGAGAAAUAGCCCCAGAACCAGUCUUCCAGAUGAGAUAACUAAUUUACCGACAGAUGAGAUAACUAAUAUACCGACAACUAAAUUAAAGUCAAGUAUAUGUUCUUUUUGCUAUACAUUACCUGCACCUGGUUAUUAUCAUAACUGUACACCCACCAGUGCUGUGGCAAAUAUCAUUACACUGUCAUUUCUUCUAGGUUCUCUUCAAGCUGAACAGGUUGCUUCUGGAAUUAUAAAAAGUAAAAUGGCUACAGAAAGUUUGAUUGACGGAUCAACAUUUUGUUUAUCUACAGGAGGAAAUCCGCUCAAAGUCACAGUUGGUACACCAGAAAACAAAUCAAAAAGAACUUCUAUUAAGCAGCUUUCCAUUGAAAUAAUAAAGCAAUUACAAAUUGUGUUAGAACUUUCAAAUAGAAAAACUAAAGAGAUGCUUUUUACUUUUUUUUUAUAA